AGGAGAUGAAAAGGCAGUGCGACGAAAAAAAGAAAUUUGUACGAAUACAUGGUGGCACAACAGAAAGAAAAGGGAAAGUCAAAAAGUGGGAAAAUGGAAGUUUGUACUUCGCAGGAAUUACAAGCAGCUCGUGAUGAAUAUGAUGAGGAGGCAACCCUGUGUGUUUUCCGAUUGAAAUCUCUGAAGCAAGGGCAAUGCCGCAGUCUUUUAACACAGGCAGCUCGUCAUCAUGCAGCUCAGUUGAAUUUAUUUCGGAAGGGACUUAAAUUUCUUGAGGCAGUUGAGCCACACAGAAGACUGGUUACAGAAAAGCAACACAUUGACUACCAACUUAGUGGACUUGAUGAUGGGGAAGAUCGGGAGAAUGAAGGUGUGAAUAGCCUUCAGACUAACGAUGAUGGGGAAUUGAGUUUUGACUAUAGACAAAAUAAGCAGGGCCUUGAUGCUGUUUCCACAUCAAGGAAUUCGAUGGAGUUAGAUCAGGUGGAUAUUCCAUGUCCUCAAGUUUCUACGGUUGAAAAUGCAGAGGUUAAUCUUAACAGAAGCGUGGGGGAGCAGAAUUUCAAUCGGGAACAUCGAGUGGGCAGCCAUUCUGCCCCAAUAUUUGCAGAGAAGAAGUUUGAUCCAGCUGAAAGGGCUAGAGAAAUGCAGCCGUCUGCUCGGAAGUUUCACAGUUAUGUGCUACCCACUCCUGUUGAUGUGAAGAGUUCGAUUUCAAUAACAAAUGGUUCAGAUCUGCAGUUGAGGCCAACAAGCCAUAUUGGAAGCACCCAUAGUUUGUGGCAUUCAUCCCCACUGGAGCCUGAGAAGCGUGAGAAAGAUUGCACAGAUGAUAACUUGUCAGUGCCCGCCAUCUCAAAAGCACAAUUAAAACUCAAAGAGAGCAGUAGCAACAAUCCCUCAGUCCAGGACCCCCCCAACUCUGCCUCAGGGACUCUCACUUCCACAAUGUGAUGCACAUAAUGCAUAUGAUACAAAAAAAUUCAAGAGACAAGCUUUCUCUGGUCCUCUUACUAAUAAGCCAUUGUCAACAAAGACUUCUUUAUCUGCCAGCAGCCCCAUUACAUCAUCUGAACUUCCCCAACUAGUUUCUGGAUUGCUUUCUCGAGUACAUACUCUUCGUCCUUCAUCAUCUCCAAAGGUGUCUCCCAGUGCUUCACCUCCCAUUGUAUCUUCACCCAAAAUAAGUGAGCUUCAUGAGCUUCCUAGGCCCCCAGGUGGUUUAACCUCUAAGCCAGUAAGUUCUUCCAUUAGGCACUCUGCCCCAUUGAUCUUCAGGAAUCAAGAGGUUUCUCAAACGAACAAAAGCCCUGCCGGGGCAUUUAGUGCUGCAUCCGCACUUCCAACUCCUCCAUUAGUUGUUCCUAGAAGUUUCUCCAUACCGUCUAGUAAUCAGAGAGCAAUGGCGUUGCAUGUGGCCAAGCUAUUGGAAUCUCCUCAACCUCCAGAGAAGGCUGAAGAAUAGAUUCUCCUCCACUGACACCAAGCUGUUAUCAAAUGUUUCAGAAGUAGCUCCUCACUCUGGGCAAAUUGAAGGUGAGAGCUGAUUCUGUGGAUUUCAGCUGAUGAAGACAGGUCUGUAAAUGAUUUUUCGGGUAUUGUUUCAUUUUUUUUUUAAUGGAAGCUUUUCUCCAUGGCUAGUAUGAUCAGUCUCAUUUAUUUUUCUAGAGACAAUGGAUGAUUUUUCAUAAUAUAUGGAAGUGAAGCAACGUUAUGCUGUUCUGGUU